GGUGGGAGUGGUGGGGGAGGGAAAGGGUCGAAGAAUAGUAAGGAUGGAGGAGGGGAUACGGCGAGUCCGAUGAAGAAGGUGAAGAAGGAGUCGAAGACGGGGAGUAAGCUCAAAUAAUAUGUGGUGUCUGUUGUUAUACUGUGUGGUUGUUUGUUGGGGUUGGUUUGUUUUGUGGCGUGUUGGUAUGGUGUUUGGUCCUUGUCAGGCAGUUUUCCUGGCUAUAUUCCCUGGCUUAUUGCUUUACGGCGUUACUUUAUGGUUUACUACGGAUGGCGUUGCAAUAUCCUGAUACCAGCAUGGGCAUACAUACAUGCCUCGUUAUUUUGUACAACAGUGGGGGUGUCUACCAAGACGUGCAAUU